AUGGACCAUUGCACCUCCGUGCCGAAUUUGGGGGCAGGUCCGGGCUCGGGCUGCCUGGAGCCGGAGGUCGACUCCACCGUCAGCUCGCCGGUGGCUCCCACAGGCUCUAUCCGAGCACUUCCUCCUCGGAGCAGCGUGACAGAGGUCAUUGCACCCAUUUCUCCUCGACGACGACCUCGUGCAAGGCCAAUUGCUGUGCUCGACCGCGCGGAGUCUCCUGAGGAGGAUUCUGCAGGCCUUUCCUGGGAUGGUAGUACAAGAGGCAGGAGGUCAUUGAGGGCAACGGAGGAGGCUCAAAUUGGUCCUCCAACACCGUCUCAGCCAUCUGUCAGCCGGAAGCCCCGUCAACUGGCGCUUUCGGGUUCGUUGAUGUCUUUGCGGUCCAUGUCGGAACACUCCAUUCCAUGCCCGGAGUGCCCAGAGUCGCCCUCCCCAGUGCGAGAGGAAUUCAAAACGCCACCACGUGGCAUUGCCGUCGUCUUCUUCGACUUCGAUGGGACCUUGACCGCUACGCCGGGUGAUCGAGCAGCCCGCAGGACCAAGCAGGUCGAACUCUGCGAGAGGGCUGCCAUGCUGGAGCCCAGGCUCAGGGGUCUGCGUGCAGAUGGCGCAUCUUUGGGCAUCAUUUCCAAGAGCACAGAGGGCACCAUCCGCAGCGCUUUGGAGGCUAGCGGCCUCUUGAAAUUCUUCGAUGCCCCCCUAGUGGCCAAGGCCGUGGGCUUCGAGGGCAAGGCCGGUUUCAUCGAGGAUCUCGCCCUGAAGGGCUGCUUGCCAAGACUGGGAUCCACCAGAGGUCACGGAGUGCCUUUCAGUCGAAUCCUCCUGGUAGACGAUGACGUGCUGGAGCUCGAGCGCGCCAAAGCGCGAGGGCUCCAGGUCUAUGCCGCACCCGCCGACGGUGGACUGCAGGAGGAGGAUUUUGACAUCAUUAGCGAAGCCCUCCAUGUUCCUCGGCCGAGGUCUCAUCCGCAGCGAGCUACAAUGACACCGCAGCGCUUGGUGAUGGCGCCGCCCCUCGUUAUGCGUACCCCGUCUUCCGCUCCUUCGUUUGGAUGCCGACGAUCUUCGGUACGGAGACAUGGCCGAAAGUCACUCAAGGAGGACCAGCCUUUACGUCUCCCCUCAUUCAAUGACUUUGGGCGCGGAGGGCGCUGGCGGAAUGUGAUCCUCUUCUCCGGAGACUGCUUCGAGGGCUGA